AUGGCGGCGGAUAGCAUGGACUCGGUGAAUGUUAUUAUUACUGCCGGAACAGACAACGCAGGAGCAUCGCCAGUACCAGCACCAGCACCAGCAUCAAUCCUCGCGGCGACAGACAUCAACACCAACACAGACACAACAACCACAGACACAUCCACAUCCACAGCCACAGCCAUAGACAGGACAUCGCAGCAAAUGCAAACUCCGGCUGCCGCUUCUCCUUCAGGCUCUGCCGCUGCCGCUGCCUCUGUCCCCGCGCCCAAAGCAGCAACUCCGUCCCUCGACCACCAGCAGCCACAACCACAACCACAGACACAGACACAGACAAACAGCGCUGCGGAUCGCAAUAUGCUUGCCGGAGACUCUUCGAAGACCGUUGCUUCAUCCACCGCGACAACUACUGGUGCUGCAACUACUCCAAUUACGAUUACGACUACGACUACGACUACUACUGCUACUGCUACUGCUGCUGCUACAGCGCCUUCUACAGCUACCUCUCCUACCCCUACGCCCGCAAUUCCCACUACAAUUCGCCCUCGACCAAACCAGACCUUUGCUACAGAGAGAGACACUCCCAGAGACUCCCAUCGCGUCUCCUUCUCCUCCCUCUACUCACUAGGCUCCACCAUCUACUCCGCCACCGGUGACCGCAUCACAAGCACUGGCACAUCCAGCGUGGCCGGCUCAAUUAAAGGCGGCAUGGAGGGCGCCGCUGUUAGGAAUUCCUCUGGCCUCCUGGGUCUGGGUAAUGGCGUGGACACAGCGCCGGUAGGAGAUUCUAUCAUCAAUUCUCCCACUACAGCCCCCUCGCCCGGGCCGGGAGCAGUAGCCUCUCCUAUACCCCGUAGCGAUGCAGGCACUGAUGGUCGUCCUACAACAAACUGGGUGUCCCGCCCUGCAAGAUCCUCCAGCCGAACACCAAGGAGGUUCAGCGGGAGCACGGCAGCAAGCAGUGCAAGUGAAGCUGAUCCCAAGGUUCCCUUCAUCGGGAAGAUCGGGGUGUGCGCCUUGGACGUCAAGGCCCGCAGCAAGCCUAGCCAGAAUAUCCUUACCAGACUGCAGUCAAAGGGCGAUUUUGAGGUUAUUGUGUUUGGUGAUAAGGUUAUUCUUGACGAGGAUGUGGAGAAUUGGCCCGUGUGCGACUUUUUAAUUGCCUUCUUCUCCGAUGGUUUCCCCCUAGACAAAGCGAUUGCUUACGCCAAGCUGAGGAAACCUUUUUGCAUCAAUGAUCUCCCCAUGCAAAAGGUCCUCUGGGAUCGACGUCUUUGCCUUCGUAUUCUCGACCAGAUGGGUGUCCGAACCCCGAAACGGCUGGAGGUCAAUAGAGAUGGCGGCCCCAAACUCGAAUGUCAGAAACUUGCUAAGCAUCUAUAUGAACUCACUGGAGUGAAGCUGGAAGGCCCUGAUAACGGAACUGGUGGUGGUAUUCCCAGAACACAGUCUGUGUCCAUGUCCGAAGACGGUGAAACCCUCAUUGUUGAUGGCAAAGCUUUCAAAAAACCAUUUGUCGAAAAACCAGUCAGUGGGGAGGAUCAUAAUAUUCACAUUUAUUUCCCCAACGAUCAUCAGUACGGUGGUGGUGGCCGUCGACUCUUUCGCAAAAUCGGUAACAAGAGUUCAGAGUACGAUCCAAACCUGACUGUCCCAAGAUCUGUUCUCGAGAAGGAUGGAAGUUACCUUUACGAGCAGUUUUUGAGGGUUGACAACGCUGAGGAUGUCAAGGCGUAUACGGUAGGGCCAGAUUUUUGCCACGCGGAGACCCGAAAGUCCCCCGUCGUUGACGGCCUUGUCCGCCGGAACACCCAUGGCAAAGAGCUGAGAUACAUAACCAAGCUAAGCAAGGAAGAGGCUACGAUGGCAACCAAGAUAUCCAACGGUUUUGGACAAAGGAUAUGUGGCUUUGAUAUGCUCCGCGUUGGCGACAAGUCUUAUGUGAUCGACGUCAACGGCUGGAGUUUUGUCAAGGAUAAUAAUGAUUAUUAUGAUAAAUGUGCAAAAAUCCUGCGCGAGAUGUUCAUCAGCCAGAAACUGCGCAGGGAAGGGAAGAUCGAACACUUGGAAGGGCCCCCACUUGAGAUGGCCGCUCCGCGCAAGAACAUUAGCGGUUCCCACAGACAGACGCUCAAAUCCCUCUUGAAAUCUCCCAGUAUGACGAGAAUGCAGGGUCAGUAUUACAAUCAAAAGGCCCAUCCAAGUGUUUCUGCAGAUUUGACUCCCGCGACGACCACAUUCCCGACUCCCUUUUCGGAUUCCAGCGACUCAAAACACCCCGGGGCCUUCCCCGCCAUGAGCGACGGACAGUAUGCCGUGAAAGUGAAAUCAGAAGAUGACACCACUUCAACUGAUCCUUCUCUGACGGAACCUGUCGCUGCUCCACCCCCAGCCUCGAAGCAUUCAUGGAAGUUAAAGGGGAUGGUCGCUGUAAUCCGCCAUGCUGAUCGGACUCCAAAGCAGAAGUUCAAAUUCACUUUCCAUACCCAGCCGUUUAUUGACCUCCUGAAGGGUCAUCAAGAAGAAGUUGUCAUCAAAGGAGAGUUAGCGCUACGCAGUGUUUCUGAUGCUGUUAAUGUUGCGAUGAAGGAAGGUAUCGAGGAUAUGGAAAAGCUGAAGCUCCUUCAAGCAUCACUUCAUCAUAAGGGCGGGUGGCCGGGGACAAAAGUCCAGAUUAAACCGAUGUUUAGACGCCGAACGGCUGAUGAGUUGCGGAACCGGGACCGCUCUAAUAACGCCCUGAGCCCUGUCUCCGAGAAGCCUAAUGAAGGAGAGUCAACUCAAGGAAGUACUGGAGCGGAGGGAGACGGCACCCAUCCAUUGACCCAUAUUAGAAGUAAUUCUAUGUCCGGCCCCACAUUCUCGCGCUUUUCGGCCGUGGAGAACGAUUUGAUUCUAGAUAAGCUUCAAUUGGUGAUUAAAUGGGGCGGUGAGCCUACGCACGCCGCACGAUACCAAUCGCAGGACGUAGGGCUCAAUAUGAGGGAUGACUUGAAACUCAUGAAUAAGGAGGCGCUGAAUGAUGUCCGGAUAUUUACCAGUUCGGAAAGGAGGGUUAGUACAAGUGCACAAAUAUUCGCCUCCGCGUUCCUUGACCAGAAGGAUGUACCUGAAGAUUUCAUCCAAGUGAGAAAGGAUCUACUUGAUGAUUCAAAUGCAGCUAAGGAUGAGAUGGACAAGGUCAAGAAGAAGCUCAAGCUACUGUUAAGAGAAGGAAACUCUGCUCCGCCUCAGUUUGCCUGGCCAAAGGAAAACUUUCCUGAACCGUCAAUUGUCUUGUCAACCGUUGUUGAACUUAUGAAGUUCCAUAGGAAAGUCAUGAGAUACAAUUUCGCACGGCUGGAGAGUGAGUUGAAUUCCACAUCCGCUGCUCGAAGCGGUUCGGAUGGUCAGUGCAAAAACGGUAAUCAAGACACCCCUGCCCUUGGUUCUAUUCAGGGGCGUUGGUGUGCUGGAGAAGACCCCCAACUGUUUAAGGAGAGAUGGGAGAAGCUGUUUGCAGAAUUCUGUGAUACCGAGAAGGUCGACCCUGGUAAACUUUCUGAGCUGUAUGAUAGUAUGAAGUUCGAUGCCUUGCAUAACCGCCAGUUCUUGGAUUGGGUAUUUGUGCCUCCCGAUAGCAUGCUUCAGGCAGAUGGUGGGAAACAAAACGGUCAAGGCUCUCCCAACGAUAAAAUGAACUCCGCUGGCAUGGAGAGUGUUGAGUCUGGUAGCAAUAUGUCACAGAGGUCCCAACAGCAACGACCGAACGAUUCGGGUAGCGGCGGCGGCGGCGGCGAUGCUUCUGGGGCAGGUGAGAAGGGUGACGAUAAAUACAAUACACUUGCUCAUCGUCUCGGGCUUAGAAGGAAGUCAGUCUUGGACCUGCCGGCGAUGCAUCCUAUUGGUCCGCUGGAAGAUUGGUACGAUUCUUAUUUCAAGCUCUAUGCCGGUUCCACCCAGACAAAGACCAAAACCGACAAAAGACUCUCAAGGCUUCGCCAACUCUACAAACUCGCGAAGGUGCUUUUCGAUUUCGUAACCCCGCAAGAAUACGGAAUUGACGACAGCGAGAAGCUUGAAAUCGGUCUAUUGACUUCCCUCCCCUUACUACGGGAGAUAGUAAUGGACCUAGAAGAAGUCCAAGCGUCCCCAGACGCCAAGUCAUUCUUCUACUUCACCAAGGAAUCGCACAUCUACACGCUCCUCAAUUGUAUUCUGGAAGGCGGCAUUCAGACGAAGAUCGCGCGCCGUGCCAUCCCCGAAUUAGAUUACCUCUCGCAAAUCUGCUUCGAGCUGUAUGAAGCGCAGGACAGCGAGUCGGCGACUUUCUCGUACUCGAUCCGCAUCUCUAUUAGUCCUGGUUGUCACACGUUUGAUCCGCUGGAUGUGCAGUUGGAUUCGCGACAUGCGAUUGGGUGUGCUCCGCGGAGGAGCUUGACGGCGCAUCAGGAUUGGAAGGAGGUUAUCGAGACGCUGAAGGCGAAGUUUGAUACUGUGAAACUUCCCAAGUCGUUUAUUGCGGUCAACUUGAGCGAUAAGCAUGCGGCGGCGAAGUAUGUUAACGACAAAGAGGAGGAUAUUGCAGUGGCGGAGAGUGGGUGA